AUGCCUACUAAUUCAGUAGUAACAGUCAAAUAUGGUCCAUAUGAGUCGUGUUAUAUUGUCGAGCACAGAACAUUUCGCCUGGACGGUUUACAAGCGGUCCUAAAACACGACGGCCACCAGUGUGUCCUCGAGAAAACAGAUGACUGGAAUAUAGUAGAGCUUAUUGUGAAUGGAGAGUGCGUCUACACGUGCAACAUUACUGACCUUGAGUUUGGGGGUGAUGGACGACUUGAUCCGCGGUGCCAAGAGGCCAUUGACGCGGUGAGGGACGCGUACUGAACGCCAUGUCUAUGACCGUGUGCGCAAUGGAACGCU